GGUAUUGACAUUUUGAUAACAUUGAUAAAUAAGGGUGUAUGUGAUAAAAAAUUUCGUUCUUGUAAAAAUCAUAGACUGAUAAAAAAAGAGAUGGAUUUACACAUUGUAUAUUUUAAGUAACUAUUCUGCAGAGAUAAAUGUAUAUGAACAGAAUAUUUUAAACUAUUCUUUACAGCACUGAGAAGAUAAAUAUUAGUUUAUGAAUAUGGCAACAUCGCAAGAUUACAGAAAAUCAGUGAUAGCCGCAUCGGACGAAAUCAAGGACAUAUUUUGUGAACCCUGCGUUGGUGAUGGAAAACAGAUAGAAGCGGAGGGAUUCUGUGUGGACUGUUCAGAGUAUCUGUGUGGACAAUGUUACAAUAGUCACGGGAGAUUUAAAGCGUUCAAACACCAUGUGCUCCAGGAUAAGAAAAAUAUGCCUAUUGAUGUAACAGGAAUAGGUGUACUUGAUGUGUGCGUAGAAAAGUGUUCUAAACACCCAACAAAGGUUACUGAAUACUUUUGUCGGUCAUGUGACACACUUGGAUGUAGUGCAUGCAUCACUACAAACCACCGCCAAUGCCAAAAUGUCGACCACGUACCGGACAUUGUUAUAGAUCUAGAAAACAAUGAGGAAUUCAAAACGUUUGCUGGGUACUUCGAUAAAAAACUUACGGUGCUAAAAGAAAGAAAGGACAAAAUUAAUUCAAGAAAAACUGAACUAGAGGAAAUGAAAAAGCAAGCAAAGGCAGAACUUAAAAAGCAGCGUGAUGAGAUAAACAAGUUUUUCGACCAUCUUGAGAAUGAAAUGGACAAAGAGAUAACGGACAUUGACAAAAAUAACAAGGAUACAUUAAAAUCAGCGUCAGACAGAUGUAAUAUCAUAAAUGAUGAAUUAUACAAAAUGAAAACUGCUAUCGAGAAAAACAGAAAAAACGGCCAAAAAUGUGAACUGUUCAUAAAAAUGAAAAGAUCGAAAGGGGAAAUCGAAAAACUUGACAGCCAGUUCAAAAUGUUAUAUGAAGAAAGCAAGGUACAGAGAUAUAAACUAGUACAAUCCGCACAGAUAGAGGAAAUAAUGAAAAACACAACUGAAAUAUGCAGAAUGUUAACUGCAAAACUUGUUUCAGAGAUUGAUGUAAGCUCUUCCAAAGACAAGGGAAAACCACGUAUAACAGGGAUAUCAGUGGUACAGAGACAUUACUUAGCUGUUACAGACGAUGAAAAUAAAGCAGUGAAGAUAACUGAUACUAGAAAUGGCGGAGUAAUAUCUGAAAUUAGCUUGGAUUGUAAUUCUGUCUUGAGUGUCACAAAUGUCAAGAGCGAUCAAAUUAUAGUUUCAUUGAUAUGUUAUGAACCUAUGUUACAGUGUAAUCUUCUCACUCUGAGUGUAUCAGCGUCCGGUGCGCUAAGUAAAGGUAAUGUGAUAGCAACUAGAGGAUCAGCAAGCAAUGUUGUUUGCAUUGUACAACACCUCUAUUUGUUACGCUGGGAUUACAUCGAAGUGCUCGAUCUGCAUGGAAAAAUUCUGAGAACAAUAGGACUUGACCAUACUAUCCUUCCUUCUAUGGCCAUAAGUCCUGACAAGAAAACCAUUUACAUAACAAAUCAUGACAAUAACUUCGUAAAGAGUAUGACCUUGGAUGGCAAGGUCACAGCAACCUACAAGGACAAGGAUCUUGAACAUCCCUGGGGUGUAACAGUAGACGAUGAGGGCUUUGUCUAUGUAAGAAGUAAGGGAGGCAUUCAUCAGUUGACGAAAUUCUGUACCAAGGUUCAAAUUAUCUUAGACGACGUGAUUGGUGGAAGCAUAACGCAUUCUGGUACAAAUAAUAUACUCUAUGUGGGAGAAAUGGGGAAAGUGAAAGUAUAUGAACUAAAGUAGGACCCAAAGCUCAAAAUGUAAACAUUUGACCCUCUGCAUGAAGUUUCUGAUAUGUGAACUAUCGACCCAAUAAACAAGACUUCUGAUUUGCAGGACAUGUCAGUCUAUAGCACUUUAAGUAAAACUACUUUGAAACUCUAGGAAUAGUGAAAGCAUAACUAUCUUGUUAUACCAAUUAUCGAAUUGAAACUGAAUAUUUGAUCAUUUCUAUUCUGCUGAUUGUGGUACGAAUAUAAGUUGUUGUAUUUGAAUAUCUGUUUCUAUUGAAAAUGAAAUCAGCUGGUUGAACAUUUUACCAGUUUUGUGAAUGUCUUACCACUCAUUUUAAGUCAUCGUAAGGAAAACCGAAUAUUGACAUAUUUUAACCAAGCUUGUACUGUAUGUUCUUAGCUUACACUCAAUGGUUUCUAUUGUUAAUUUGGGAGUCAUUUUCUUGUUGCCUUGAUUUUCUUACCAUAAAACAGAAUUCGAUCGUU